AACAAAAAGUUCAUCAUCCACGUAUCGUCAAAUUAUUAAAAAAAUGAAUCUUCCAAUUUAUGCAUUUCUUCUUUACAUAUUUGCAUUAUCUCUUAUAAAAUUCUGCUGCGCAAUAGACUUUAUAACAUCAACCCAAUUUCUGACAGACCCAGAAACAAUACUUUCUAACAAUAGCCGUUUUAGACUAGGAUUUUUCGGCUUCCCAAACUCUACAAACCGUUAUGUGGGAAUCUGGUAUGAUCACCCUUCCCUAAAGGAAGUCGUAUGGGUAGCUAAUAGGAACAAUCCCCUCACUGAUUCUUCUGGCGUGCUUAAAUUAUCAGCAGAUGGAAACCUCCAAGUUAUUAGUGCAAGAAAUGAAAUACUUUGGUCCUCAAAUGUCACUAAGCCUGGCACAAAUUUCUUAGUGGCUCAACUUCUAGAUUAUGGUAACCUCGUUAUUAAAGGGUUCUCAUCCAAUGUAACUCAUGGAAAUGGAACAGUCAUAUGGCAAAGUUUUUACGACCCUACAGACUCUAUUUUACCGGAAAUGGGCUUCAGGUUUGCCCAAUAUUCUGGUGUGCGGAAGGUACAAGCUUGGAAAAGCCCCUCAGACCCAUCAAAAGGAAGAUUCUCAAUAGGAGCAAUUGAUUCUUUAGGCCUCUUCCAAAUAACCAUCAAUGAUGGAGAUCAAACAUACUGGCGAAGCGGCCCAUGGAAUGGUAACAUUUUCAUAGGGACUAGGUACCAUAAUGGUGGAUAUGGUAAUGUUGUGGUCAAUAUAGGAUCAUUCACACAAGAAGAAGUUGGAGGGAUGCUUUCCUUAACAUAUGCUGUUGCAAAUCAGACUUUGCUACCGCAUUAUGUCUUGACCUAUCAAGGAAUAUUAACUCAAAGAUGGUGGGAUGACAGCAAUAAAACCUGGGAAGUUGCCGCACAUAUCCCAGAAUAUGAAUGUGAUACUUUCAGGAAGUGUGGGGAAUUCGGGAAUUGCAAUCCGCAUACUAAACCUAUCUGCAGUUGCUUAAGAGGAUUUGAACCAAUGAACAAGGAGGAAUGGAGCCAUGGAAAUUGGACAAGUGGGUGUAAAAGGCGAAAGCCGUUAGAAUGUAAUAAAGCUGGCGGAGGACAAGAUGGCUUUCUGAAAUUACAGAUGAUGAAAGUGCCAGAAAACGCUAAGUUGAUGAAGGGUUUCAAUGUAGAUCAGUGCAGAAGUGCAUGCUUAACAAAUUGCUCAUGUUUGGCUUACACAUUUGAUACUCAAAUCACAUGUAUGAUAUGGAUCGGAAAUUUGAUCGACGUAGUAGACCUUUCCCCUGGAGGAGUUGAUCUCUACAUCCGCCUUGCACAAUCAGAGCUAGAUGAAAGUAAAACAAACAAGACAAUCAUCGUGGUGAGUGUGAUUUUAACAACCACAGCAGUUGCAGCCAUCUUAUGCUUCCUAUGGUGGUUCCUAUGCAAGAGAUCCAGAUCAAAGCGUGAAGUGCCACCUCAAACACGCUUGAAAUUCGCAAAGAAAAAGGCAGCACCAGACACGUUUGUGUUCAGAGACAACAGCAAAGUCAAAAUUGAUGACAUGCAAAAAGUGAAAUUUGAAAAGCUGGUCGAAGCAACAGAUAACUUCCAUGAAAGUAAUUUGCUAGGAACUGGAGGAUUUGGUCAAGUUUACAAAGGAAAAUUGGAAGAUGGACAAGAAAUUGCAGUUAAACGACUAUCAACAGCAUCUAGACAAGGCACAGAAGAGUUUAUGAAUGAAGUCGAACUAAUUUCAAAACUUCAACACCGAAAUCUAGUCAAACUCCUAGGAUGUUGUAUAGAAGGAGAAGAGAGGAUGCUGAUAUACGAGUACUUGCCAAACAAAAGCUUGGAUGCCUUUCUUUUGGGGAAGCAUCAGUAUUUAGACUGGAAAAUACGCUUCAAUAUUAUAGAAGGCAUAUGUCGAGGCCUACUUUAUCUUCACAGAGAUUCCAGAUUUAAAAUUAUCCACAGAGACCUCAAACUAAGCAAUAUUUUGCUGGAUAAAGACCUCAAUCCAAAAAUCUCAGACUUUGGAAUGGCUAGAAUUUUUGAAAGCAACCAGGAUAAAGUUUGUACUCAGAGGGUUGUUGGAACAUAUGGUUACAUGGCUCCAGAGUACGCAAUGAAAGGUCACUUCUCUGAAAAAUCAGACAUUUUCAGCUUUGGGGUGUUAUUGAUUGAGAUAUUAAGCGGAGAAAGGAACAAUAAGUUUUCGCAUGAGAGUUCCUUGAGUCUUUUAGGAUAUGCCUGGAAAUUGUGGAACGAGGAUAAUAUCAUUUCAUUAAUCGAUCCAAUGAUUUCUGGUAUGAGCUUCCAAAGUGAGAUUGUGAGGUGCCUUCGUGUGGCACUAUUGUGUGUGCAAGAAAAUCCCAAAGACAGGCCAAACACUGCAAUGCUUGUCUCCAUGCUUGUUGGAGAUACUAUAGAUCUUCCCAGUCCUAAAGCACCCGGCUUCACGACACACCAGAUAUCUGCUGAUAGUGGCUCCCCUCGAAACAAAGAAGGCUCUUCCUCCUUGAAUAAUGUUACUAUUACAACUAUGACUGCCCGUAAAACAAAAGCAUUAGCUGAGGAUGAAGAGUUCAAGACGAAGGUUGAGUCAGUUUUGACUGUCAUUUCAGUGUCGGUACUCUGUAGUUGCCUCAAAUCUCACCAUAAUGGAGGUGAGUUAGAUCACCUAGUAGCAUACUCAUUGGCUUGCACAUUGGAGGGUGAUAGUGUGUGUGCAAAGGGGUAUGGAAACUUAUAUUUUGGAUCACUUGAUGAAGUGAUCAAAGUGGGAGACUUUAUGUGCCUUGAUGAAGGCAAGGGAGUGCUCAUGGAAGGUUUUGAAGGUGGCUUGAGUGGUCGAGCAGCACGGGAUCUUAGGAGUGUGUUAGGGUUAAGACCACCAUUAAAGGUGAGGUCUUUGCUUUGUGAGUGUGUUCUCAAAGCUUGUGUGAGACUUCUUGUUGAUGAUAUACUAGAGGAAGAAAGAGGGAUAACGGGAGUCAAUGGAUCAGGGAAUGGCGCAAAGAUUAAGAGAAUUGGAAAAAUGGGUAUUUUAGUGAAGUAUCGUAUUUGGCGUCAUUUGAACUGUUCAGCCAUUUAUUUUGAUAUUGGAAGGACAGAGACCUCCUCCAAGCUUCGUUUACUGAUGGGGCCUGGCCUACUAUUAUCAGUUGCCAUUGCAACUUGUAAAGGGUGGAUGACUUUUUAUCAGGGUAUAGGAUCAGACACUACAGCAGGAAGGCAAGGGGAUAACAACUUCAUAUCAGAACGGAAUCCGACUCUUCAGAAGUUGUUAAUCUCAAAUGUGAUAUUGGAAACAUAUAGUUUCAGUCACGGUCACAAAACGACUUUUGUGGUUAAUACGGAUGAUUUUCUCCAAAAAAAUUCAUUUUUAAAUUUUGACAUAAUGAUACUUCCUGUAUCUGCAUUUCUUCUUUACAUAUUUCCAUUUUGCUUAAAAUUCUGCUAUACUAUAGAUACAAUAAUACACACUCAGUAUCUCAAAGACCCAGAAGCAAUAGUCUCGAACAAUACCCGAUUUACACUAGGAUUUUUCAGCAUUCCUAACACAACAAACCGUUAUGUGGGCAUCUGGUAUAAUCAACCUUCGGAAAAGGAAGUCAUAUGGGUAGCUAACAGGAACAGCCCCCUCACUGAUUCUUCUGGUGUGCUUAAAUUAUCAGUAGAUGGGAACCUCCAAGUAUCUAAUGCAAGAAAUGAGAUACUUUGGUCAUCAAAUGUAACUCAAAAUGCUACAAACUUCCUAGCAGCUCAACUUUUGGAUUCCGGGAACCUUGUAAUCCAAGGAUUCUCAUCCAAUGGAACACGUGAAAAUGGAACAAUCCUAUGGGAAAGUUUUCAGAAUCCCACAGACUCUAUUAUGCCGAAAAUGAGCUUCAGCUUUGCUCCAUAUUCCAAUUUAAGGAAGGUGCGAGCUUGGAGAAGCCCUUCGAACCCAUCAAAAGGAAGAUUUUCAAUAGGUGCUACUAACGUUUUAGGCAUCUCUCAGAUUAUAAUCUAUGAUGGUGAUCGGCCACACUGGCGAACUGGUCCUUGGAAUGGAAAUAUUUUCAUUGGGACAAGAUACCAUUUUUCUGGCAGUGGUUAUAUGAUGAUUACAGGAUCAUUCACUCAGGAAGAAGUUGGAGGGUCACUUGGCCUGAUUUAUGCCGGUGCCAAUGAGACUUUGUUGUCACAUUAUGUAUUAACUUAUCAAGGAAUAAUAGCACAAAGAUGGUGGGAUGAUAGCAACAAGAACUGGAAAGCUUCAUGGCAUGCCCCAGAAAAUGAAUGUGAUAUUUAUGGGAAGUGCGGGGAUUUUGGCCUUUGCAAUCCAAAGAGUGAACCCAUCUGCAGUUGCUUGAAAGGUUUUGAGCCAAAGAACGUGGAGGAAUGGAGGAACGGAAAUUGGACAAGUGGGUGUAAAAGACGAAAGCCAUUGCAAUGUGGUCAAGCUGGCGGAGGACAAGAUGGCUUUCUGAGAUUGCAGAUGAUGAAAGUGCCAGAAAACGCAGAGUUAAUAGAGGGCUUGAACGUAGAUCAAUGCAGAAGUACAUGCUUAACAAAUUGCUCGUGUUUGGCUUACUCAUGGGACAUUCAAAUCAAAUGUAUGACAUGGAGCAAAAAUAUGAUCGAUGUGUCGGACGUUUCUCCUGGCGGGAUUGAUCUCUACCUCAGACUAGCACAAUCAGAGCUAAAUGGAAGUAAAAAAGUCAAGACAACAAUUGUCGUGAGUGUAAUUUUAGCAACAGUCGUAGUCGCUAUCAUCAUUUGGUUCCUAUGGAGGUUUUUAUGCUGGAGAUCUCGGGCAAAAGGUGUGCUGCCUAAAGCACCCAAAAUAUAUGGGAAUGAAAAGGCAUCACUAGACAGGCUUUUUUUCGGAGAAAAAAGCAAAGUCACAAUCGAUGACUUGAAAAUAAUAAAAUUUGACAAGCUUGUCGAAGCAACAGAAAACUUCCAUGAAAGUAAUUUGCUUGGAUCUGGAGGAUUUGGCCAAGUAUACAAGGGAAAACUGGAAGAUGGACAAGAAAUUGCAGUUAAACGACUAUCCAGAGCAUCCAGACAAGGAACAGAAGAGUUUAUGAAUGAAGUUGAACUGAUUUCUAAACUUCAACACCGGAAUCUAGUCAAACUGCUUGGAUGUUGUGUAGAAAACGAAGAGAGGAUGUUGAUCUAUGAGUACUUGCCUAAUAAAAGCUUGGAUGCAUUGCUAUUUGAGAAGCGUGAACAUUUAGACUGGCAAAAACGCUUCAUGAUCAUAGAAGGGAUAUGUCGAGGCCUACUUUACCUUCACAGAGAUUCCAGAUUCAAAAUUAUCCACAGAGACCUCAAACUAAGCAAUAUUUUACUAGAUAAAGACCUCAAUCCAAAAAUUUCAGACUUCGGCAUGGCUAGAAUUUUUGAAAGCAACCAAGAUAAAGCUCGUACUCAAAGGGUUGUCGGAACAUAUGGCUACAUGGCUCCAGAGUAUGCAAUGGAAGGCCACUUGUCGGAAAAAUCAGAUGUCUUUAGCCUCGGGGUGUUGCUAAUUGAGAUAGUAAGCGGGAAAAAGAUUAACAAGUUCUCGUACCAGGAAUCUCUUGGUCUCUUGGGAUAUGCCUGGAAAUUGUGGAACGAGGAUAAUAUUGUUUCGUUAAUUGAUCCAUCGAUGGCUGGUACGAGCUUCCAAGGUGACAUUAUAAGGUGUAUACGUGUGGGACUACUGUGUGUGCAAGAAAAUGCCAAAGACAGGCCCAAUACUUCAGUUGCUAUGUCCAUGCUAGUUGGAGAUACUAUGGAUCUUCCCAGUCCCAAAAAACCAGCCUUUACAAUACGCCAAAUAUCUGCUGAUAGUGGGUUAUCUCAUGUCACAGAAUGCACGUCCUCUAUGAAUAAUGUCACUAUGACAACUAUAACUGCCCGUUAGUAUCAACCUUUAUGAAGAUGUUAUCUAGACCAUACAAGCUGUCAUUCACAUCAGGGUACAUGCACAUAAUUACAUGUAUUGAUAACUUCUUCAGAAAUAUUUUCUGUAUGAAGGAAGAAUCUAGAGAGUAUUACCUGAUUUCGAAGGUUUCGAGAUGAAGAUUAAAAUGAGCUUGAUAUUCAAUUCAAAGUCUGAAAUCAUACACAUUGAACUGGAAAUUCUUUUAAAAGAACCCUCCACAUUUUUAGCGACCAAUACAAUUAAGAGAUCACAUUACUUGUAACCCUCAGCAAAAUCACGUGGCAGAAUGGAAAAAAGUAAUUGCAAUUGUAUAGAGUAUGUUACAAAAAAAGAAGCCAUCACCAUAUUGGGUAAAAAGCAUGAAGACAGCAUUGUACGGCAUUAACCAAUCACGCAGACUCUCAGACAAUAGACGAUAGAAAUAAGAUAAGUUAAUCAGAAUAUGUUCAUCCACUAAAGAGGAAAGUCCAUGGACGACUAGCAUACAUCAUACAUUCCCAGAAGAAAUAAACUCAAGAGACAUAAUCAAGGUACCACUGUAGGAGUCAAUCGUAAAUAUGUUAAAACUGUCUUUACAAAAAUAUUGGAGUUGUAUGAAGAUGCAUCACAUGACAAAUUUCAUGAAUGUAUCAUGACAUAAGUUAGCCCAAAAACUAAUACCAUGUAUGCUUCCUCCAACAAAAAUCUAAUAUUUGUCAUAUAUUUUGUGUACUUUAGAGUUGUGUGUGCAGUAAUUGAACCUUUGCUUUCAGAUUUCAGAAUGAACAAGUCAAUAUGAUUUCCAGACUUCUCA